AUGAACCGCGACGAGGGCGAGAAUCCUGAGGUGGGAACCUUGACGGGAGAUGAGGUAGCGAAGCACAACUCCAAGGACAGCUGCUGGGUGAUCGUGCACGGUAAAGCAUACGAUGUCACCGACUUCCUGCCAGAGCACCCUGGUGGACCGAAGAUCAUACUCAAGUAUGCUGGCAAGGAUGCCACAGAAGAGUACGCACCCAUUCAUCCGCCCGACACACUGGACAAGUACUUGCCAAAAGAGAAACAUCUCGGCCCAGUCAACAUGGACACUGUCGAGCAGGAGAAGAAGGAAGACAGCCCAGAAGAGAAGGCACGACAGGAGCGCAUGAAGAGCAUGCCACCACUCGAAGCAUGCUACAAUCUCAUGGACUUCGAGGCCGUAGCUCGAGAAGUCAUGAAGAAGCCAGCAUGGGCAUACUACUCUUCCGGCGCAGACGACGAGAUCACAAUGCGAGAAAAUCAUUCCGCCUUCCACAAAAUCUGGUUCCGGCCGAAGGUAUUGGUUGACGUGGAGAAGGUCGAUAUGUCCACGACGAUGCUGGGCACGAAAUCGAGCAUACCGUUCUAUGUCACAGCGACCGCGCUAGGAAAGCUAGGAAAUCCAGAGGGCGAGGUGCUCCUCACGAGAGCAGCUAAGCAACACAACGUCGUCCAGAUGAUCCCAACGCUAGCAUCGUGCAGUUUCGACGAAAUCUGCGAUGCUCGGGAAGGCGACCAGGUGCAGUGGCUGCAGCUGUACGUCAACAAGGAUCGCAAAAUCACUGAGCGAAUAAUCAAGCAUGCCGAGAGCCGCGGUUGCAAAGGCCUCUUCAUCACAGUUGACGCACCGCAACUCGGUCGCCGGGAGAAGGAUAUGCGCAGCAAGUUCGACGAUACUGGCAGCAACGUACAGUCCGGCGACAAGGUGGACCGCUCACAAGGCGCUGCUCGUGCAAUAUCCUCGUUCAUUGAUCCUUCACUCUCCUGGAAAGACAUUCCAUGGUUCCUAUCGGUCACCAAGAUGCCGAUUGUCCUGAAGGGUGUCCAAAGAGUCGAGGAUGUUCUCAAGGCUAUCGACUACGGUGUCCAUGGCGUUGUCCUGUCCAACCACGGUGGCCGUCAACUCGAUACAGCCCGGUCCGGCAUCGAGAUCCUCACUGAAGUUGCACCAGUCCUGCGCGAAAAAGGCCUAGAAGGCAAGCUCGAGAUCUUCAUUGACGGUGGUGUGCGCCGCGCAACCGACAUCAUCAAGGCGCUCUGUCUGGGUGCUACCGCUGUGGGCAUUGGCCGGCCGUUCCUGUUCGCUAUGAGUGCUUACGGCCAGCCUGGUGUGGAUCGUGCUAUGCAAUUGCUGAAAGAUGAAAUGGAAAUGAACAUGCGCCUAAUUGGCGCUGCGAGCAUCGAAGAUCUGCGGCCAGACAUGGUCGAUGUCAGCAGCGCGAGACACCAUGGUGCAGGACCGACCGAUUCGUUGAGUGAGACCGCUUACGACAAGCUGAUCACGCCUUACCAAAUGCUCAAGAGCAAGCUCUAA